AUGCCCAGACGCAGUGGAGGCGGAAGCCGGGGCUCUUCACGAGCUCCAUCCCGACCUUCUACAGCCCCUCAACGUCCUGCAGCCACACCAUCCCAGCAGCAAUCUCGUGGUGCUAGUACUGCUGUUGGCCGCCCAGCUGGCGCCCAGCCGCCUGCUGGCCAGCAGCAGCAAGGUAAACAGCCUGGCCUAUUCGGGCAGAUGGCGUCUACAGCAGCUGGUGUAGCUGUUGGCUCUUCAAUCGGUCACGCGGUUGGAGGCUGGUUUGGUGGCGGCAGCUCCACCACGGAAGAAAGACCAGUCGAGGAUUCGCUAGCCCCCCUAAACGACUCGUCGACAUACCAAAGCAGCGCAUAUGGCCCGCGAAGCUGUGAUGCUGAUGCCAAACAAUUCACCAAAUGCUUAGAUGAGCAGAGUGGGAAUAUGCAGAUUUGCGGCUGGUACUUAGAGCAGUUGGUACGUUGCUCUGAUAGUGCAGCCACCUCUGAAGAGGGUAAAGCUGAUACAGAAAUAGAAAGCUUGUCAGGCGGCUGCGAGCCAGCAUUAGACCAAAUAGGCCGGCAUGAUCAUUGGCCAGGUGCUAGGGACUAUGCAAAGCAUCCAAGCGAGCAUCAGCAUUCAUAUACGCGAGAGAGAGAUUGCAAGUUGUAG